AUGGCAUCUUCUCAUGGCACACAUACCAACAGUGGCUCGCAUGAAACAGUCACUGCUAGUGAUCUGCCUCGCACAACUCGCACCAAAAGAGACUUGCUGGCCACAUCGCAACCGCAGUCAAGGGCAGCUGACGUGUCUAGAGUGUCUGUUCCUACGGCUGCAUCUGUGCCUGCGCGACAUAAUGCAAAAGUACGGCAACGCUCGUCUGCCUGGCGAGAUCAUUCAUACGUCAGCAGUGAUCGAGGGGGUGCGGCGCCAUCGUUCACAUCCGCACAAGACUCACGUUCAGCGCACAUGGGACCGAUGGGCAGGUAUACGUCAUCGAUCAGUGGCCGCUCGAGUUUGUUGCAAGGGGCACCAAUGCGUACGACGGCCGCGGUUGCUGCUGCUACUACUGCUACUCCCAUUCCAGCGGACACAGAAACUGUCGGUGCUCCAGCUCCCACGACAUACCACACACCUCAUGCAAAGCCGACAGCCGAACUAGACCAGACGCUUCGGGCGAUCCAAGCAUCUCUUACGGCACUUACGGAGCGCUUGGACCGCACAGAGUCGAGCAUGACACAGCCGCAACGGCAAGCAAGUUUGACACGCACCUUGCUCCAUCACACCAUGGCAGCUUCACAUGCGACGUUACAGGAUAUCGGAGCAUGUCUCGGGCUCAUUGCACAGCCAAACGACACCCUUGCGCCCAGUUACGAGGCUUGGCGAUUACAUGGAGCGACAGGAUCGCGGGCCUACUCGUUAUGGCCGCUUCUCCGCUCGCCGUUCAAGUUUGCCUCGAUUGUCGUGGGACUGGCGCUGCGGAUUCUGUUGGACAUGUCGUCCCUUUUCGUGUUGGCAAGCCUCCUGAUAGCCGCACUCCGUCGUCUGUCUGGUCGAGGUGAUCCAUGGAUUGCGUGGCGGUUGCUGGGCCGACUGAGUGCGCGUGUAGCAUUCUUAUCGCGAGCAGCGAAUCGGCGCGCAUUUCUGCGCACGCUGUUGGCGGGUGUACUGCUAGGCGGCGUCACGAUGGAAUCUACCCGGCGUAUAUCGCAGUAG